CAGCAAAGAAAAGUUAUGCGCUGUCAGUAUAAACGCGAGCCUCGCGACGAGCAGCAACGCGCACCCACCAUUCCAAAAACCGAAAUAGAAAUCCGAGCUAAGCCAAAUAUCGAGAAUCUCAACAAAGACAUAAAGAUUGAGCUGGAGAGUAGGAGAGCGAUCAUGAAGUAUGCUGGAUGCUUGGCCAUUGUGCUCAUUGCGAUGAGUGGCCUUUGUACGGCUCUGCCCAUGGCCAACGAGGAUGAGCUGGUGGCGCUCAACUCUGUCGAGCAGGUGCGAACGGACGAGUUGCCGCACAUAUUGAAAAUCGCGCCCAGACAUUCGGAGCCAGUGGCGGAGGACCCGGAGCGACCCGGUGACUUUGAUACCAUUGUCGAGGAGUUGCGCACCGCUGGUGUGCACACAUCGGAACAGAAGCCAUUGCACACGUUGCGCUACAAGGAGCUCGCUCGCCUCCUGGCUCUUUGGCAGAUGGCCCAAGGUCGCAACUACUACGUUGCCAAUGAAAAUCGUGCGCCGCAUGCUCAUGAUGGCGAUACCAAUGACAACGAUGACAACCACGCAAAGAACACUUCGUAGGAGCAAUCACAAUGACGGCCAAGCGAAAUCCAAAAAAAAAAAAAUGAAAAAAAAAAACCAAAGCUUUAAAAUUACUUUGCUAAUCAAUCCGAAUUUUUAUUUUUGUUUUGUUUGUUUUGAUUUAUCGACUCUGUAGCACUUUAAUUCUAAGCAUAUCCCUUGGAAUCCAUUAAAUAAAGCAAUAUAAAUAUAAA